AUGUUACAAAAGUCCAUUCACAAUAAUAAAUCAAAAAAUAAAAGACUCAAACAUUUCAAUGAAAAGGAAACUCAUGAAGAAAAAAUAAAUUCAAGCGAAGACGAAACAAGAAUGAAUCUUACAACCCACAAAGGGAGGACAGGAGAAGACCCAUUCUGGGGUACAUCCAACCCUAACUCAAAAAACCAAUUAUCCAACAUUUCCAAAAACUCUAACAAUCAAUUAAUAUCCAAGAUCUAUCAAGAUAAUCAAGAAAAUCAAACAGAUACAAACAAAAAUUCUGAAGAUACUAACAUAGAUAAUACAAUAUCAUCAGAAAUUACUGAUGAUUUAAUGUCAGAUAAUGAAACAAUUGAAGACAAUACCUCUAUCAUGGACACAAAUCAAGAAGAAACAGAUCAAAAUUUAGUAAUAAUUCAACUGGAUCUUUUCAACAAAUUAAUUGAAAAUGGAGAAGGUUUUAUUGAACUAAUAAGAAUAGGUAGGAAAAAUAUAAAAGUAGAAUCUACAGUAACAAAAGGUCAGAUCCCCCCUGCUACACUAUACAUGUUAGAAUGUAAUGAUACAUAUUUUUUCAAAUCAUUCACAAAUUACAAAAAUGGAAUUAAACCUGAACACCAAAAAGAAUUCGAAAAAAUCUUUUUCAACUCAACAAAUGUCUACAAAAAUACCCAUGAACGAACCAAACUAACUAAGAAAGAAAAAGAUAAUGUUUUUAAAAUGAUCAAAAUCAAAUUAGGUUGGGCUUAUUUCAAUCAAAUUGAAUGGAAAAACAUCAACCAUUCAGAUAUCAUCAGAAAACUACAAUAUAUUGCUGGCUUUGUAGGUAAAAAACAAAAUUUUGAAUACAACAAAAUAAAUCUUGCCCUAAGAGAAAUCCUGAAAGAAGAAUUACCAGAUCUACCAUCACAUCCAAACUUAAUAGAUAAAUCAAUCAAAGUCAAAAUUCCAUACGAACUACCACUAAUAUACCACCAUUUAGCAAACCAAACAAAAAGAGCUUUAAGCAACUAUUUCAACAUCAAAACCAACAAACUUCCUGAUUCAUACAUAAAGGUAUUACCAAUACUGCCAAAUGAUCCUGGAGAAUUAUCAGUAGAAUGGAAAAAGAUUUUCCCAAUCAAAAAAUAUUCCAUGUUAAAGGAAUUAAGGAAUGUAAGAGAAAAAUUAAGAGUAGAAUAUUUUUUCUCAGGCAAAUUACCAGACACAUAUUUUAAUUUUCCAAAACCAAGAGAACUUCUACCAUUUUCUCCAAAAGGUCUACCAAAUUACUUAGCACAAUACUUACCUUUCAACUCAAAUAGAACAGAAAAAACUCUUCAUAACACAAUUUUCAAUUAUAUAUUCCCAAUCACUGAACAAAAUACUGCCAAUGAAUUCAUUAAAGAAGCAAGAAGAAAAUAUGAGAUCAUAUUCCCUAUUAAUAAAAAAUGGAUAAAUGUUCCAAAAACAAACACUAAAAAUAAACCUUUUCUUCCUAAAAACAUCAAUGAACUGGAUGCACAAUUCAUUGUAGAUGAAGAAAUAAUUCUGCCUAUUACAAUCAAAACUAAUAUAAGAAAUAUAGUAAUAAAACUAGGUAAAAAAUAUUUCUUCAAAAGAAUUCCUGAUGAGUGGAUAUCAAUAGAAAAAACAAAUGAUAAUAUUGAUACACCUGCUUUAGAAAUAUCAAACAUAGAAAGAAAACAACUACCUGAUCUAACAACAACAACACAAGAACUUGACAAAUACAAUAUAAAAAUUACAAUACCCAUCAUAGAUGACAAAAAAAUCCACCAAACAACUCAAACCCUUAAAAAACUUUACAUUUUCAAAUAUCUCCCAGAUACAUUUAUUAAUCUUCCACCAAUCCCAAAUCCAGGUUGGGACUCAAUUAUAUUUUAA